GCUGUAAAGAUAAAAAAAGAAAAAACAGCCCCCUCGUCUGCGCAGACUCAGUCACUGAGGAAGAGUCAGAGCUCGCGUCCCACAGAGGAUUUCACGUCUCCCUAAAAAGCUCUUAGGAGCUCAUCAUCACCUGUAAAGCUGUAUAAGUAUCGGGUUGACGGGACUGAAGGAAGCGGCACGUCGUACGGGGAGCUGCCUGCUGAAAUCGCCAUGAGUUACAAACCCAUUGCUCCUGCACCAUCUGGCUCCAACCACACUCCACCAGGGUCUUCUGUGCCCUCUCCCUCUCUUCCAUCGUCGUCCAACUUCAGGCCAGCCUUCAGUGACUUUGGCCCGCCCUCCAUGGGCUUUGUUCAGCCUGUGAAAGUGUCCCAAGGGUCCACCUACAGUGAGCUCCUGUCUGUCAUUGAGGAGAUGAGCCGUGAGAUCAGGCCCACGUACGCAGGGAGCAAGAGCGCUAUGGAGAGGCUAAAGAGAGGUAUAAUCCAUGCCCGUGCACUGGUCAGGGAGUGUCUUGCAGAGACGGAGAGAAGCGCCCGCACAUAACCUUUUGGACAAAUCCCUCCACCUGGCACUGGCACUCUUUUUCCUGUGACACCUGCCCACAUCGUGAUCCCCAUUCGAUGUUUUAUAACCUUUUUUUUUUUUUGUUGUUAUUAUAAAUUAAAUCCUUCCUCUUUCCACUGGCUUUUUAGAGGUGCAUUAUGCCCCCUUGUAUCUGUUCACAGCAUUUCCCCCUCGCCCAUUUUGGUAAAGACAAACUUUCCGCAACUCGUUGGGCGUACGCAAACAGAAAAUUUUAUAUCUAUUUUAAAAAUGUGGGGAAUUUCAGCAUUUUUAGGUCAAGCUGGGGAUAUCAAAGUGGAUGGGAAUGUUUAUAUUUGUUCAACAAUGGGAUUUGACCAAGAAAGUUGACUUUUUUUAAAGAUGUCCCCACUGCACCAGUGCUCCUGUGUCGAUUUUGAACAUCCAGUUUUCAACCCAUGAGCAUUUUCUGUUAUUCUGUACAUCUUGAAUAUCCUCCUGUUCCUUUCACCCUUGUUUUGUUUUCCAUAUUUUGUAAACACACAUCGGACGUUUCUCAUUCCCAAGAACUCUGUAUAUCUCAUGUCAGUUUGUUAGUAUGGAAAUUUUGUAAACCAGAUUUUUGAGAUUCGGUAUGUAUAAAUAAAAAAAAAAAAAAAAAUCACAAAAAAACUGUAAAAUGCUUUUUAGGGUUUUAAGAUGUUACAGUAGGUUUUAUCAAACAAAUGUGAUUCAACAUCUUUGAAUGGAGUGUUUUUUUGUUUUUAUAAAAGUAGUUGAAAUGUUUAUUGACCUUGGAAAUAGUGUUUUGACAACAUACUUGGCAGAUUUAUUUCUUUAUUUUUAGGAAAUUAAACUCAACGGCCUUAAUCUAGAAAACAUUUAAAGAGCAAGGACAGUUUGUUUUUUCACUCAAGACUUCUGAUUGAUAGAAAACAUCCAAAUUUUUUUUUUUAAUAAAUCCAGCUCUAUAGGCCGUAUUUAACAAAACACAAAGCUGAGGAUAAACACAGAUUUAUUUACAGUUCCACAAUCACAACCUCAAUAACAUGUCACUGCAGGCAAGCUUGGGCUAAAUGACGCACUGCUUCACAUGAACAGUAAAGAGUAGCUCUUUCUAAGCAAGUGAAUGAGAUACUGUGAGUUUGCGCAGAGUACAUCUUGACAUAAAAAUAAAGGUAGUAUUUGGUACAUACGUGAAAUAAGUACACAGUAGAAAGCAAAGACAAUGAAAGUGUUUUACAAGAUUGUCGCAGAGGUUACGUUUCAUGGCCCACGUAUCAUGUAGUCAUGGUGAUUCUGCUGUGACCAUAAUAGAAAGGGGGUGCGAGGCAAAGAUGAGAUACAUGAUUGUCCAAAAAAAACAAGAUUUUCUGAUCAUUUUGAUCAUGGUAAUGGGCUCCCAAAUUGCAGAUAAGUUGAUCAUUAAAAGGAAAACGCUCCCUUUAAGAAGGUAAAUGGAAAAAAAAAACAACCUUCCUUUAAAUUAAUAUUACAGACUGAAUUAAUGGCUG